CUGCAACCAUGGAGUCGGCCAGUGUAAAGAGGAGCACCUUUCAGAGUCGAAGAUGUUGCAGCACCCCUGCGAUGGCCAGCUUGCCAGAUUUUACUGAUUCUUACAUCGAAGAAAUAAAAAAAAAGAUUCGCCGACGGUUCGAGAAGGAGAAUGAUACUGCUGAGAAAGAAGAAGAGGAGUGCAAGGAGAAGAAUGGACAAGAGGAUGAGGAAGGAAAAGGAGCAGCGGUUAUCUUUUCCUUGAGAAAUCAGGUUGGAGGACUUAUUCGGGCUCUCAGAGUAUUUCAGGAGAAAAAUGUUAAUGUAGCGCACAUCGAAUCCAGGAAAUCCCGCAAGAGACCCUCUCAGUAUGAAAUCUACGUGGAUGUUCAAUGUGAACAGUCUCAAAUCAAUGACUUGCUGCACAGCCUGGAGCACGAAGUGGAAUGCGUAUCCUUGGAGCAGUUCGAGAAAGGGGAAGUGCAAAUUUCCGAUCACCCACCUCCCACGCCCACGAGUCCUGGACUGGAACUCGCUUUUGAUGGCAUGCCUUGGUUUCCGAGAAAAAUGUCUGACUUAGAUAAAUCAGCGAAGAGAGUCUUGAUGUAUGGAGCUGAACUUGAUGCUGAUCACCCGGGUUUUAAAGAUGAGACGUACAGGAAAAGGCGCAAGCAAUUCACCGAUAUAGCAUUUGACUACAAACAUGGCCAGCCUAUACCUUAUGUACAGUAUACGCAAGAGGAAAUACAAACAUGGGGUACAGUGUUCACCCACCUCAAGAAGCUGUAUCCCACUCACGCUUGCAAAGAAUUUCUUGAAAAUUUUAAUCUUCUCAUUAAAUUUUGUGGAUAUCGGAAGAACAAUAUUCCUCAGUUAGAAGACGUUAGCCGAUUUCUUAAGCAGAGAACCGGAUUUCAGCUUCGGCCUGUGGCUGGUUAUCUGUCUUCUCGGGAUUUUUUGGCGGGACUAGCCUUUCGGGUCUUUCACUGUACUCAGUACAUACGUCACGGCUCUGAUCCCUUUUACACUCCAGAACCGGACUGCUGCCAUGAGCUGCUCGGACAUGUCCCUUUACUUGCUGAUGCCAGCUUUGCUCAAUUUUCUCAAGAACUUGGACUCGCAUCUCUAGGGGCGUCAGACGACGAAGUUGAUAAAUUGGCUACUUGCUAUUUUUUCACGGUAGAAUUUGGAUUGUGUAAACAAGCCGGAGAAAUGCGUGUGUAUGGGGCCGGACUUCUUUCUUCUGUUGCUGAACUUCAACAUUCCCUUUCUCCCAACGCCAAGGUCCUCCCCUUUGAUCCAGAGGUAACUGCCCUGACAACUCCUCUCAUUACAACUUUCCAAGACUGCUAUUUCUACACGGACAGCUUUGAUGAAGCCAAGGAAAAAAUGAGAGAGUUUGCAAGUACCAUCAAGAGGCCGUUUGGUCUUCGCUACAAUCCUUACACGCAGACGGUAGAAAUCCUGAGCAACACCCGUAAAAUCGCCAAUCUCGUCAGCGAACUGAAAGGGGACCUUUGCGUUGUCACGACAGCUCUGAAGAAAAUUCGAGGAAAGCAAGGCGUUAAAAAAGAUUCUUAAUUUCGCUUUCUCCGUAUUUUUUUUUUUCCUGAAGUAUAUGCUCCUUGCUUCUAUUUCACACAUAUUUCACUUUCAAAGUGUUAGAUGUAGAAAUUUAAUAAGAGAAUCAAGCACCCAUAAUUUCAAUGGUCAUUUAUUUACAAGGGUUUGCAAAUUAUUAUAUUUUUUUAGUUAC